CACUCGCUGCCGUACAUGGCUCUGCUUCAGACAACCACACAAUACUGUGGAGGGAUACUGAUCGAUAAAUCAUGGGUCCUGACUGCUGCCCACUGUAAAGAACCGUGUUGCUGGGGUGCACUCCAUCAAGGCCAAAAAGACAAGUCCAGGCAGGACAUAAAGGUUAAGAACCGUUUUCCUCAUCCCCAGUAUGUUUCAGCUACAAAGGUCAAUGACCUCAUGUUGCUCAAGCUUGACAAACCUGCGAAUGAAACCAAGACGGUGAAGUGUCUUAAGUUGGGUGAUGCCAUCAAAGAUCCGGCAGCUGGGACCAGCUGCAUGGUGGCAGGAUGGGGCAAAACAAACGAGGAUGUUAAGAAAAUGUCCGACGUCUUGAUGUCCGUCACUGUGACUGUGGUCGACAGAGAGAAGUGCAACUCUGCUGAAUAUUAUAACAGACAUCCCGUGAUCACCAGUGGCAUGAUAUGUGCCGGUUCAGACGGGACAAAUGGAGCUGACACCUGUGGUGGGGAUUCAGGAGGCCCACUGAUGUGCAGCGGAGGGCUGGUUGGAGUCACUUCUUUCGGAGAAGGGUGUGGCCGGAUUGACAAGCCAGGAGUGUACUCGUAUCUCACAGAGGAAAAACUCAGCUGGAUCAAAAAGACAAUGAAGAAGUCUAACAUUUAAUGAGCACCCGCUGUGAAGGAUUUUAUUUGCACAAUGUUA